CUCACACCCUCUCUCACUUCUCAGUAUUGAUAUAUAAAACUAACAAAAAGGAUUCACAGUCAUUCUGCUCCAAGGAACAUUCACUUAGGAACUAUUCUACUAUUUAUUCAAACAAAACCAAAUCAAAUGUUUGCAGCUAGCAAGGUGAUGCUCUGUGGGUUAAUAAUGCUUUUUUCAGGUACGUAGAAAGAAUAAUAUGACCGUAUAAUAAAUUCUAAGCAAAUUCUUAGUAACCUUUUUUUUUAUUCAAGUAUACUAAAUUAUAAUUAACACAUAUUAAUACUUAUAUAACAAAUAAUACAUAUAUAAAUAGCACUUGUAGUAUACUUGGUUAUUAUUCAGUAAAUGUUAUUAUUAUUACUAUUAUUAUUUAUAAAGUGGCAAUAAAUUCUGUAAAACAGGUACAACAGGUUGACUAGCUGACAAGCAUUUGUAACAUUCUAGGGGAUAAUAUACUAUAAAUAUAUAUAUCUAUAUAUAUAUAUAUAUAUAUAUAUAUAUAUGAUAUAUAUAUAUAUAUAUAUAUAUAUAUAUAUAUAUAUAUAUAUAUAUAUAUAUAUAUAUAUAUAUUGUUGUGUUUUAGUUCAUAUACUUGUUCCUUUCUAUAGUAACAUUGAUACACUACGUAUACUGUAACAGAGGCCAGGGAGUAAUGAUCUUUAUAAAUCAUAUUGCAAUGCAGGCAAUGUUAUGACAUCUGUUAUUUUUCAUUGAUGUAACUGUUAUCCACCCAAUUCUUAUUUCUCUCCUAUUUAACUCCUACCACAAUAUAUAAGACUAUUAACAAGAUUAAAAAAAAAAAAAAAAAAAUCAAGAAUCAAGUUUAUCAUCUUGUGGUUAUGAAUUCCUUCUGAAGGAGCCCUGGAGUACCAGAUAAGAAUGUUGAGUAUAGUUGUACUUGUUGAAUCAAGAGUCGAUAUUGAGGGUACUUUACUGAAAUUAUAGCUUACUUGUGAUACUUACUGAAAGAGAGAUUAAGCAAUAAUUUGCUAAAGGGACAUUUCAUAUUAAACAAGCCUUUUGGCUAUUUUAACCGAAAGGGCAAAUCAUUUUACUUUGCAGUUAGAAUGCUAAAAAUAUCACAUAUCCUUUGAGUACACAUAGUUAAAAAAUCUCUUUUGAAACAUUUGGGGGGGUGGGGUCUUGUAAUGACUUAUAUAUAUAUAUAGUGGUAUUCAUAGGCGUGCGCACGGGGUGUGCCGGGUGUGCCUGGGCACACCCUAAUCCCCGCGGCACGCCUAUGUGUAUUGAGACCGGCAGGGGAGAUCUCAGGAUCUCCCCUGUCGGCUCAUGCAGAGCCGGCGCUAUCCGAGCGCUGGCUCUGCUCUCAGCCUCCCUCCCCACUGACCCACAUGCAGGGAGGGAGGCAGGAGAGGACCCGGCGGAGCUCUUGCCCGUAGCUCCGCCGGGUUCCUCUCGCGAGAUUUGAGCGUUGCAGGGGGCUAGAGUUCACUCUCCACUGGACCACCAGGGAUGGAAUCAGGAGCACGAUCCCCCCUCCCUACAAAAGGUAAGAAGGGAGGGGGGAUAGCAAUUAAUGUACCCCCACCUCCACCCCCACAAUCACCCACCCACAUACAACACACAUACAGCACACAUACAUACAACACCCACACACACAUACAGCACACACACAUACAACACCCACAGACAUACACAGCACCCACACACAUUCAGCACCCACAGACAUACACAGCACCCACACACAUACAGCACCCACAGACAUACACAGCACCCACAGACAUACAGCACCCACAGACAUACAGCACCCACACAAAUUCGGCACCCACAGACAUACAGCACCCACACACAUUCAGCACCCACACACAUUCAGCACCCACAGACAUACAGCACCCACAGACAUACAGCACCCACAGACAUACAGCACCCACAGACAUACACAGCACCCACACACAUUCAGCACCCACACACAUUCAGCACCCACAGACAUACAGCACCCACAGACAUACAGCACCCACACACAUACAGCACCCACAGACAUACACAGCACCCACACACAUACAGCACCCACAGCAUACACAUUACCCACACACAUACACAUUACCCACACACAUACAGCACCCACACACAUACAGCACCCACAGACACAGCACCCACAGACACAGCACCCACAGACAUACACAGCACCCACACACAUACAGCACCCACACACACAGCACGCACACACAUACAGCACCAACACAGCACCCACACACACAUACAGCACCCUCACAAACACACAAACAGCACCCUCACACACACACAGCACACUAACAGUACCCUCACAAACAGGACCCUAACACACACACAGCACACUACCAGUACCCUCACACACAAACAGCACCCUCACAAGCGCACACAAACACACACAAACCACACCCUCACACACAGUACAUUAACAGCAUCCUCACAAGCAUGCACACACAAACACCCUCACCCACAUAGCACACUACCAGCACCGUCACACACACAUCACACUAACAGCACCCUCACACAGCACACACACACACAGCAGUGUGUGUAUGUGUGUAUAUAUGUGUAUAUAUAUAUAUAUAUAUAUAUAUAUAUAUAUACACAUACAUACAUACAUACAUAUAUAUAUGCGGCGUGUGCUUGUGCUUUAGGGUGCACACCCUAAUGCAAUAGGCUGCGCACGCCUAUGGUGGUAUUUAUGGUUAGUAUGUACUGAUCAUUGUUCUAAUAAUCUCCCAGUCAUGCUGUUUGUUCAUGUUGCCUUGACAACAGUUGAAAGAAAACAUGCUUUAACGAUAUGUGUCAAUGUGUUAGUGAGCGUCAAGAUGAAUAACUGGGUCUGUGUUACACAAUAGGGCAGCAAGUCUAUCGAUAUUACAGCAAUAAGAGGAAUCCAUUGUGAAAAUGAUGGCCGGGUAACAUACUAACAGCUUGAAAAGCAUAAAAUUCAAAUAAGUCACCAUUUUCACAGAUUCCAUUUUUGGUGUUGGCCCACAAGACAAUAAAUAUAACCGAUUAAAGCAAUAUCUCUUUAUAAACAAAAAAAAAAAUUCCUUCUUCACUCUAAAAUGAUGAUAUAAUUACUCUCUGGAUAAACAGCUGUUAUUGAUAAUGACUAUUAUAUAAACUAGUAAAGCCAUAUAUAUCCAGCGUUGAAAAGAAAUACAUUUAUGAGCUCUUUUUAAUGUGUCGUAUUUGGCUAAUUGUAUUUUACCGUGACACCCAUGGCAUGUUUAACCCUUAACGGGUUAAAAUCUCCCAAUGAUAUUGACAGAAGCACUUCUUUAGACAAAUUACAUGUUCAAGCAUUUUGUUUCUGGGCAUGCGACCUUAAAGGGGAGCUGUCCCGUCCCAUAUGUUUUAAUUUUGUGUUUAUUUAGCCCUGUCUUUAACAAUUGAGUAAUGUUUUCCUAUGGGCCGCUUGAAUGCACGCACAGCUCUGACCGCGGAUGCGCAUUUGUAGCUGACGUCGGCAGGGAGAGGAGAGGUCACCAGCGCCGAGGGAGCCCGGCGCUGGAUUAAGGUAAGUGGCUGAAGGGGUUUUAACCCUUUCAGCCUAGUGGGAGGGGGCUCCGAGGGAGGGGGGGAACCUAAUAACCCUAUAGUGCCAGGAAAACAAGUUUGUUUUCCUGGCACUAUAGUGCUCCUUUAACCCCUUAAGGACACAUGACGGAAUUAUUCCGUCAUGAUUCCAUUUUAUUUCUGAAGUUGUGUCCUUAAGGGGUUAAGAAUAAAUCCAAAGAAGAAUGGGCAUAGAGUUAAUCUGUCCUAUAACCUUUAUUUGUGAAUGAUGAUAUCAAAUGUUUCUCAUACAUUGAUACAUGCAUUAAAGAUUGUCUGUGGUGUGGCAGCAAUAAAAAGCAAUAGAGAGCCGGUUGUACAUGUCAUGUAUAGCAACGUUUAGCAAUACAUCAAGAGACAUUUCAACGAGCUACCAUGGACUGACUUGUUGAUCGCUAGAUAAUUGACUGAUAUUCGCCAUAUCAGCAUUGUGGUAGCAAUCAGUGUUAAAAUAAAUCAACUGAAAAGAUUGAUUGAAAAAAAAUCAAUGCUGUAAGAAAACAAAUUCACUAAGAAAGUAAGAAAUGGAUUCUGAUCUCUACACUGAGCACCUGUCAAUAGGCUUUAAAAAAUCUUUUUCUGUUAUAUUUGCCCUGAGAUGUUAAUCAUAAUUUAAAUGUUGACACACUAAGGGAUUUAUUUAACAGUUCUGCUAUUAGGGUGAAGCAGUGAAAGUAGAAAAAAAAAUCUGUCUGAAAGGUUUUACCUAAAUCUAACAACUUGGCUGUGGAUUCAAAAUCCCUACUUAUGAUCUCAAUAGUUUUGUUUUAGAACGUCAUUAUAGAAGGGUUUCUUUGAGAAUGUCGUUGGAUAUCUUUAUUCCAGUCAUUUUUUGGUAAUGCUAUGGCGUGGGAGAGUGUAUUAAGAUGAUUAAGAUUGAUUAAGAUGUCCUAUGAUUUGGCUUGUUAUUAUGUUGUUAUUAAAAAAUCUAAUAUGAUGUUUUUGUUUUCCACAGUUUCCAAGGUCGAAGCGCAGAAUUCAUCAUCCGCUCUUGAGAUACUCAAUAGUUUGAUCCAGCAACUAGUACAAUUGAUUCAGAACCUAAUAAAUCAGUUAAACCCUACAACAACAGCUGCCCCUGUAACCACUUUAACUAGUAGCUCGACUAUAAGUACAGCUACGCAGCCUAGCACUGGGACUAUUAGUCAGGCUACAAUAACUAUGACAACUGCUGCAUCUUCCAGCAGCAGCCUUACAACUGCCACCAGUAGCAGCCAAUCCACUGGAAAAACUGAUAGCCCACUAUCAUCAGCUAAUGUGGGGACAACAGUCAGUCACCAGUCAACAGCUACCAGCAGCAUUGCAGUCUCUUCAACUAUUGGGAGUGACACUAGUAGCCAAUCUCUUUUAGCCAGCACAGAGACAUCUUCAAACACUGGGGGCAGCAGUCAAUCACCUUCCACAAGCUACACUUUGAACUCUCCCAUUUCAGAUACUAGCAGUCAAUCAUCAUUAGUCAACACAGAGACAUCAUUCAAUAGUGCUACCAAUAGCCAAUCUGAUUCCACUAUUAACACUCUAAGCUCUUCUGGUACAGAGACCAGCAGUCAAUCACCAUCAGUCAACACAGGGAUAUCGCCCAAUACUGCUACCAAUAGCCAAUCUGAAUCCACUACUAACACUCUAACAUCUUCUGGUACAGAGACCAGCAGUCAAUCACCAUCAGUCAACACAGGGACAUCGUCCAAUAUCGCUACUAAUCACCAAUCAGAAUCGACCAUCAACACUCUAACCUCUCCUGAUACAGAGACCAGCAGUCAAUCACCAUCAGCCAACACAGGGACAUCUUCCAAUAUUGCUACCACCAGUCAAUCAGAAUCCAUUACUAACACUAUAACCUCUUCUGGUACAGAGUCCAGCAGUCAACCAUCAUUAACCAGCACAGGAACAUCAUCCAAUACUGCUACCAAAAGCCAAUCAGAAUCCACCAUCAACACUCUAACCUCUCCUAGUAUAGAGACCAGCAGUCAAUCACCAUCAGCCAACACAGGGACAUCAUCCAAUACUGCUACCAACAACCAAUCAGAAUCCACCAUUAACACUCUAACCUCUCCUGGUACAAAGACCAGCAGUCAACCACCAUUAGUCAACACAGAGACAUCGUUCAAUAGUGCUACCAAUAGCCAAUCUGGCUCCACUACUAACACUCUAAGCUCUUCUGGUAUAGAGACCAGCAGUCAAUCACCAUCAGCAAACACAGGGACAUCGUCCAAUACUGCUACCAGGAGUCAAUCAGAAUCCAUUACUAACACUCUAACCUCUUCUGGUACAGAGACCAGCAGUCAACCAUCAUUAACCAGCACAGGAACAUCAUCCAAUACUGCUACCAACAGCCAAUCAGAAUCCAUCAUCAACACUCUAACCUCUUCUGGUACAGAGACCAGCAGUCAAUCAUCAUCAGUCAACACAGAUACAUCAUUCAAUACUGCUACUAACAGCCAAUCAGAAUCCAGUACUAACACUCUAAGCUCUUCUGGUACUGGCUCAGAGACCAGCAGUCAAUCACCAUCAGUCAACACAGGGACAUCAUCCAAUACUGCUACUAAUCACCAAUCAGAAUCCACCAUCAACACUCUAACCUCUUCUGGUACAGAGACCAGCAGUCAAUCAUCAUCAGUCAACACAGAUACAUCAUCCAAUACUGCUACCAACAACCAAUCAGAAUCCACCAUUAACACUCUAACUUUUCCUAGUACAGAGACCAGCAGUCUACCAUCAUCACCCAGCACAGGAACAUCAUCCAAUACUGCUACCAACAGCCAAUCAGAAUCCACUACUAACACUCUAGGCUCUUCUGGUACAGAGACCAGGAGUCAAUCACCAUUAGUCAACACAGGGACAUCAUCCAAUACUGCUACUAUUCACCAAUCAGAAUCCACCAUCAACACUCUAACCUCUUCUGGUACAGAGACCAGCAGUCAAUCAUCAUCAGUCAACACAGAUACAUCAUUCAAUACUGCUACUAACAGCCAAUCAGAAUCCAGUACUAACACUCUAAGCUCUUCUGGUACUGGCUCAGAGACCAGCAGUCAAUCACCAUCAGUCAACACAGGGACAUCAUCCAAUACUGCUUCCAAGAGCCAAUCAGAAUCCACUACUAACACUCUAGGCUCUUCUGGUACAGAGACCAGCAGUCAGUCACCAUUAGUCAACACAGGGACAUCGGCCAAUGCUGCUACUAAUAACCAAUCAGAAUCCACCAUUAACACUCUAACUUUUCCUAGUACAGAGACCAGCAAUCAACCAUCAUCACCCAGCACAGGAACAUCAUCCAAUACUGCUACCAACAGCCAAUCAGAAUCCACUACUAACACUCUAACCUCUUCUGGUACAGAGACCAGCAGUCAAUCAUCAUCAGUCAACACAGAGACAUCUUCCAAUACUGCUACCAACAGUCAAUCAGAAUCCAUUACUAACACUCUAACCUCUUCUGGUACAGAGACCAGCAGUCUACCAUCAUCACCCAGCACAGGAACAUCAUCCAAUACUGCUACCAGCAGCCAAUCAGAGUCAACUACUAACACUCUAAGCUCUUCUGGUACUGGUACAGAGACCAGCAGUCAAUCACCAUCAGCCAACACAGGGUCAUCUUCCAAUACUGCUACCAACAGUCAAUCAGAAUCCAUUACUAAGACUCUAACCUCUUCUGGUACAGAGACCAGCAGUCUACCAUCAUCACCCAGCACAGGAACAUCAUCCAAUACUCCUACCAACAGCCAAUCAGAAUCCACCAUUAACACUCUAACCUCUUCUGGUACAGAGACCAGCAGUCAGCCAUCAUCAGCCAGCACAGGAACAUCAUCCAAUACUGCUAGCAACAGCCAAUCAGAAUCCACUACUAACAUUCUAACCUCUUCUGGUACAGAGACCAGCAGUCAACCACCAUCAGCCAACAUAGGUACAUCAUCCAGUACUGCUACCAACAGCCAAUCAGAAUCCACUAUUAACACUCCAACCUCUUCAAUACCCACUGGCAACACUCCUAACUCAUCUAUUACUUUCACAGAUAGUCACACAUCAGCCAGUACUGUGACAUCUACUGACACUGGAACUAGUAGUCAGCUAACAUCCAGUAAUAGUCAAUCACCAUCAAGCAACACAGGGGCAACUGUAAUUGUGGCAAACAAUACCCAAUCAACAUCCACAAGCAAAACUGUGAACCCUUCAAGUACUGCUAUCACCAGUCAACUUUCAUCUUCCAGUACAGGAUUUCCAAAUGCCACAAGUUUAACCACUACAGUGACUACUGUCAGUGUUGUGUCAUCAAAUACAAUGACCACUGCCACUAGUGCAACUACUGCUUCAUCAGGACAGACAGUAACUUCAUUUAAAACAUCUUUGAGCAAACCAACAGGAACAAAUAAUACAAUGACCUCUACCACUGGUACAGGUAGCAUAUCAACUUCAAGCACAAAAGCCAAUGUUCCAACCACAAGCAAUGCACUGACCUCAUCAAGCACUGUGACCCAACAAGCACCAACAAGUGGAACUAAAAGUGUUACAAAUAAAACUAUCACUAGUACAACUGCAACCUCUUCAACUACUGGUAAGUUUUUCUACAAAGACUGCCAUAUUGAAUUGAAAUAAAACAAAUAAAAAGCUAAGUUACUUAACUAUAUAUUUUUUCUUUUUCCUUUUAGUGAGCUCGGCAAGCGCUGUGCUUCCCAACUGGGCCAUAUUUCUCAUCGCUUUGGCGGUCAGCAUUGGUACACGGUCACACUUAUUAGUACAACCUUUCUUGUAAGUGUGUACUUUCAAACUGGUUUUCACUAACAUGUAAUGUGUACUUAAUUUCUAAAUGUUCUAAAAUCACUGCAAAUUGACCCUUUUAAAAUAAAUCACAUACAUUUUCUUUCUUUUAAGAUUGAACAACAAUUUUUUCUCAAUAGUGACCUCGUAUUUUUUUUAUUUCUUUUUUUUAUUUUACAGUGGUAAAAGUCAACCAGAGUAAUACUUUUUUGUGUGUUUUCUAACAAUGCAGAAAUAAGUCAAGCACAAUCAACCAUUUUCCACAUGUGGUGUGUUGACUCUUUAGCAGUUAACUGGCUUCUACUAUAAACACACUAAGCAGUUGCCUAGCAGGACACUUAUUUUACUGGCCAUUGAUAACAGUUAUUUGUGUCUAACCUUGUCCAUAUGCCAUGCAUACCAAAUAUCCAAUUUUUUGUGUGAAAUUCCCGAUUUUUGUUUUACUGUCAUGCCAUCCCAACUUAGUUCCUUGGUGUCCCGCUUUUCUUGGAUCUGUCCCCUAUGAUGCGCUUGUGUUAUGUUAAGGGCAAUAGGAUCCUGCAGAGAACACUGUGUGGUACUCCCUGCAAGUCCUGCCCAUGGUGGACUGGCAUUAGAUGAUUAAAAGACUUAAUCUUUCUUGGAGGGUGCACCCCCUUUGGAAAGCACCGGUGACGUGAUCACAUUACUUGUCCACUCUCUUUAACCGCCUCCCAUUGGCGUGCCAGAGUUGGGAGAUAUGAUAUUCAACUCAUGCCAUGUCCUAUUUUUAUUUUAAAAUUCUAAUAUUUUUUGAAUGUUUUGGGAAAAUAUUAAUGCAAAUGAGCCUCAAGAAGUAUAUAUGGUGUUGUUUUAUAGUGUGCCUGUCUUAUUAAACAUGACUUGGUAUCAGUAAAGUAGAAUAAACCUAUAUUCCUAAUGUCUAGUUAAUGUAUAGAUUAAAAGGUAUUUCAAUAAACAUCUUUCUGAUGUGUUUCAAAUACGGGUAAAUAAUUGGCAUAGCAGUAAAGGCAAAGGACGCUGAAUGACAAUAAGCAUUGAGCAACUAUUCAUAUUCAACUCAUAGCAUUCAUUUGGACCUCGAAAUUAUCGGAUGCCACAUGUAUUAUUUGGGGGUGCUGCCACCUUAGCCUUUCCUGAAUGCCUUUUAAUCUAUACACUCAUCAAGACAAGACAGUGAGGGAGACAGACAUGUCAUUGGUGUGUUCUUUAUUCUUUUAUAUACAAUGUUUUUUGUUUUGUUUCGUUUUUUUAAUUACAGUUAAGAUUGACAUUUAAAUAUUUUCUAGAAAAUCUUUACUUACUCACCAUUCACUUUUAUUCUCAGAUUGUCUAUUGUGUGAGAAGAUUUGCUGGUAUCAACUGAUUUGAAACAAUUGUAUAUAUGGACAGUUGAGUCGUCCGACUCGGGAAAGAAGCACAGUCCUUUUCCAGCUAGUCACUGUGUGUGAUUUGUUUCCAGGACAGCAGUGGCGUCUCUAGGAUUCAUUUUUAGGGGGGGCACAUGGUGGGCCAGGGACAAAAGUAGGGGGGCACAUUUAACCCCGCCCUCGUCACAGUUUGACCCCGCCCCUGUCGCAUGUUAAGCCCUGCCCCCGACACAAUGUGUUGUUUGUUUUUUUUAAUAAUCCCUGGUGGAGGACUCAUUAUUUUCCACCAGGGAUUAUUAAAAAACCAAACACAUUUCCCUUGAUACAGUGCCAUAGUUGCCAACAUUUGAAAAAAAAAUUCAAGGACAUUUUGCAGCACAGCUAUCAAUUACUGUCUGUGUAUAAUAUCCUUGGACAGUCAGUGCUCUCUGUAUAAUACAGGGUUGUGUGUAUAAUAAAUUGGGACAGUCAGCGGUCCCUGUACAGUGCUGCUCUCUGUUUAAUACAUGGCUGUGUGUAUAAUAUCCUGGGAGAGUCAGUGCUCCCUGUAUAGUGCUGCUCUCUGUAUAAUACAGGUCUGUUUGUGUAUAAUAUCCCAAGACAGAGAGCAGCACUAUACAGGGAACACUGACUGUUCCAUGAUAUUAUACAGACACAGACCUGUUUUAUACAAAGAGCAGCACUAUACAGGAAGCACUGACUAUCCUGGGAUAUUAUACACACACAGAUCUGUAUUAUACAGAGAACAGCACUAUGGUAUUAUACAGAUAGCUGAGCAUAUACCCCAUGUCCCAAUCUCUAGACUACUAGUACCUGUCAACAGCAGCUCCCAGACGCGUGUAACAGGGCUAAAGUGUGCGGCAGCUCACACAGAUGAUUCAGCGGUAAAGCGCACUCGCUGGCAGAGCCAAACUGGGAAUCCAAAGCAGCCCUGGAAAAAAAUGUAUGCCAUUCCUACAAGUCAAUAUAUAUAUAUAUAUAUAUAUAUAUAUAUAUAUAUAUAUAUAUAUAUAUAUAUAUAUAUAUUGUACAGUGAGCACACAAGUUCACUGACAUGCGCAAAUAGGCUCACUGACAAACAAAAAACUCUGACUCACACACAAGCUUAACACAGACAAACUCACUUGUAUAAAUACAAGACUCACUACAAAGAAGUUCAGGGACACACACAAGCUCACUAAAGACAAGCUCACUGACACACACAUGCUCACUAAAUAGAAGCUCACCUACACACACAAGCAGUACCGUCUUAACAGUGUUAAGGGCCCCGGGCAAAGCAGUGCACUGGGGCCCUUCCUACACAACAACUCACAGGAAUAAAAUUUUAAAUUAUUGAUAGACUGCUGAGUACCUACACACAGUACACUGAAUACGAACACAGAGAGACUGCUGAAUACACACACACAGAUUUCUGAAUGCACACAGACUCCUGAAUGCACACAGGCGUUGCUGAAUGCACACAGGCUGAUUUAUACACUUACACACAGACUGCUGAGUCCAUACACACACACACUGCUGAGUCCAUACACACACACAUACACACACAGACAUACAGAUUUCUGAGUCCACACACACAGACUGCUGAGUCCAAAUACACACAGACUGCUGAGUCCAUAUACACACACAGAUACACACAUACACAGAAUGCUGAGUCCAUACACAAAUACAGACUGCUGAGUCCAUACACACACACACUGCUGAGUCCAUACACACACAGACUGCUGAGUUCAUACACACACAGAGACGCAGAGACUGCUGAGUUCAUACACACAGACUGCUAAGUCCAUACACACACACACACAGACUGCUGAGUCCAUACACACAGAGACUGCUGAGUCCAGACACACACAGACUGCUGAGUCCAUACACACACACACACACACACACACAUACUGCUGAGUUCAUACACACACACACACAGACGCACAGACUGCUGAGUUCAUACACACACACAUACACACGCACAGACUGCUGAGUUCAUACACACACACACACACAGACUCCUGAGUCCAUACACACACACACAGACUGCUGAGUCCAUACACACAGAGACUGCUGAGUCCAUACACACACACACACAGACUGCUGAGUCCAUACACACAGAGAUUGCUGAGUCCAGACACACACAGAUUGCUGAGUCCAUACACACAGAGAUUGCUUAGUCCAGACACACACAGACUGCUGAGUCCAUAUACACACUCGGACUGCUGAGUCCAUACACACACACUGCCUGCUGAGUCCAUAUACACACACAGACUGCUGAGUCCAUGCACACACACAGACUGCUGAGUCCAUGCACACACACAAACUGCUGAGUCCAUACACACACAGACUGCUGAGUCCAUACACACACACAGACUGCUGAGUCCAUGCACACACACAGACUGCGUGCCGAGUCCAUACACACACACAUAGACUGCUGAGACCAUACACACACACAGACUGCUGAGUCCACACACACACACAGACACACACACAGACUGCUGAGUUCAUACACACACACACACAGACACACACACAGACUGCUGAGUUCAUACACACACACAGACUGCUGAGUUCAUACACACACACCCAGACACACAGACUGCAGAGUCCACACACACACAGACUGCUGAGUUCCACACACACACACACACACACACAGAGACUGCUGAGUCACACACACACACACACACACACACACAAAGACUGUUGAGUCCAUACACACACACACACACACCCAGAUGCUGAGUCCAUACACACACACACACAGACUGCUAAGUCCACACACACACACACACACACACACACACACACACACAGCUGAGUCCACACACACACACACACAC